AUGGCUAUUAUUCCUGCAAAUACUAUAUGUACUUGUCCCAUCCCUAAAUUUAUUCAGCUGUCGGAUGAAGACUUUUCCGCCCCCUCGCAACGCAUCCACCAAAUCGACAGACGCGCCGCUGAAGAACUCAAACUGUUGGAAAAAUUAGCUUGGAAUCAAUUGCUGCUCGAUCUGGCCAAUCCCGCCUUUGUUCCCGACUACAACUUGGCUUGCCAGCGUAGAAAUCACGAAAUUUACAAAGAAAGGAAUGCUUCUUUGUUGGCUGUCAAGGUUUUCGAUCUGAUACAUCCUCCGUCGACUGCCAAUCGAGAGAAGCGAAUCAUGUUACAGAAUUACUUGAAUAGCCAGUCGAAUAAGAAUGAAGUGAUGCAAAAGCUGCUCUCGGCUUUGGACAAAUUUAUAGGACGAGAAAUCAGUAAUGGAAUUACACGCAAUCACGUCUUAACCAUUGACGGAGAAGCGAGCGUCGUAUUGAAGAAAAUUGCAUCAUCAGUAAAACUCGGUGGUUGCAGAAAAAUCGUCAUCAAAGCGGAACGGGUUAUCUAUUUGGAUUGCGACUGGAAAGUGCCCGGUAUCAGCGUGACCCUCACAGCUCCGCUUAUUCACGUCUGUUCACCUGGCGUGGGGACGUGGACCAUAGACACGUCGGGUCGCAACGGUACAGAGCACGAGCAUCUGAAAGCGGACGACGGAAAUGGAAAGGGAGGAAGCGGAAACCAUGGACUAGCGGGCCAAGAUGGUGAGGACGCCGGCAACGUCAACAUUUGCUGUCAAGAUUUCAAAGGCUUUUUGAAGAUUGUGGCUCGGGGUGGAAAAGGAGCCGACGGCCAGGACGGCGGAACCGGCCAACCCGGUUCUAAAGGGUACGACGGGCGUGAUGGUGUGACUCCCAGUGAUCAAAAAUUAGGGAAAAAUUGGUAUACAUUGGGUGAUGUACGUGGCAUCACAGAAAGAGUGUACAGUGACAGUGGAUUGCCCGGGAAACGAGGUGGUGAUGGUGGAUCUGGCGGCAACGGCGGCAAGGGUGGACUAGGUGGGCUCAGCGGACAGGUGCAAUUUGUUUCGUCCCAUCAUCGAUCGACCGAUUCAUCUAAAUUUAUCCUACAAGAUUGCACCAGUGGAAAAGACGGCAAGAAUGGCCAACCGGGCCACGGUGCUGCGGGAGGAUCGGGCGGCAAAGACGGACUAGACGCGUUUUUGUAUUUCGAGCCAAACGAUAAUCGGCCAUACUUUUGGAAUACGGGAUAUUGGCGAAGUCACAUGGGUUCCAGAACCGAUCUGGAAAUCGUCAGGUGGGAUGGGGAUGGGUGCAAUAUAGGACACAAGAUUCGUAGUAGUUCUUCAAGAAGGAAUCAAGCUACGGAAGGCAAACGUGGCACUGAAGGCCAAAAAGCCGCAUGUCAGCAACAGAGACAACGCUCUUCUAAUGCCACUACUCAUCAAACCGCUUCACAAUUUCACAGUCAUCAUCAAACAGGAAGCGACGAAUACGAACGUGAAAGAAAAAGACAAGCGGAGGCGAGACGUCACGACGAGCGGGAGAAAGCAAAUGAAAGGGAAUCUAUCAACCGAAUGUCGAGAGAGGUAGUAGGAGAGCGGAAUGCCGUUUCACGUCACGAAGGAGCGCUGGCCGCCGAUCGCCAACGACUCGAGCGGAUGGACGAAAUCCGCCAGCGCGUUCAAGCCAAAAUUCAAGAAACAUUUGAGCAGCGCAUCGCUCAUCAGUCAGUUGUCGGCCAAAGAAUAACGAGGCAGAUGAAACUGAAUUUUGAGGACGAAAACCUUCUUGGCCUUCCUGCUUCCAGGAUCCCAACUAAUUUUGCGAGCGACGUACGAUCCGGCCGUUCGGUAUACGGAGAAUCGACAGCGGCAUUGCGUUGCUUGGCUGAAAUCGAUGCAUUGGUCAUGUCCAUUAUGAUGAGCAAAGGAGACGACAGUAAUUUGCUGACGCUGAAAAUCCCUCAGGCAGUUCAAUCGCUGGUCCUCAAAUUAAAGUUCGAUAAACACGAAAAGGAAUGGGAGUCCAUUGAGAAAAUUGUCAGCAAAGUUUCGAGCCAUCCGCUAAAAUUGGCCGAUUCUUUGGAGUUUAUUGCAUCGCAUCUUCCGUUGAUAAUUUCGCUUGCCGACCAGUCGCCUGCGAGUUGUAAUUUGAUCGAAAUUCUACUCGCAUUUCUGGCGUCAACUGGCCAAGAAGCAGCGGAGAAGAACGCCAUUCGGGUUUUGCACGAAUUCCACCAGCGCCCCAUCCCAGUUCAACAAGUCAUCGUCUUACUUGGUUGCAUAUCGGACUGGACCCAGCAAAGUCAAAUUUUACUGGGCCUCUUUUUGGACAAGUGGAUCCUUACCAACUUAACUAAAACAAUUUUUGGAGCUAUUGGCAAUAAAGAACUCCGUCAACCAAGGGCCAGUCUCUUCACCGAAGUUUGGCUGCAAUGCUCACCGAUGUCGAAAUGGACCAAGUCUGCUGCACCUUCAUCGGACGCCGAAAAUGAGUGGUUGAAGCAUGUCGAUCAAUUCGUGAGCGAGCUUUCGAAAGCUUUGGAUCAUGAGAAUAGCAUCGCCAUGGUCGACAAGUUGUUGCUGCCCUUUGCUCGGGAUCGGCUCGGAAUACCCCAGGACAUAUCUAAGAUUGACGUCAAAGACAGAUGGCAACUAGUUUUCAUCAUCGAUCACAUGUCACCGGAAGUCGACGAGAUGGACGCGAUCGGUCGGUGGGCGCGCAAAAAUUGCGAUCGCCACUUGAUGGCGCUUGUCGAACGGGCAUUCAGCGAAAGAUUCGUAGCGCCAAUUUGGUCGCAAAUGCAGUUGCUUUUGAGUGAAAAAUGGACCAAAGAUGGGAAAGUAAACGAGGAUGUUGGAGAGGCGAUCCGUCAACUGAAAACGUCUAUCCAAUCUUCAUUCACCAGUUUAUCUUUUAAGGAACGACUGCAGUUGGGACGCGCUUUGAAGGAAAAACUGGAUGGUGCCGAUAAGAAACCAAGACAAUUUCUGGAUUGGAUCAAACCACUAUCGGAAAAAGUUGAAGCGUCAACUGCAGAGUUGUUUGUAUCGAGAAAAAAUGAUGCUCGCCAAGAAGUGGAAAUCAUUUCUUCCUUGCUGGCUGAUUCAAAGAAAUUUGAAAAGAAGAACGUGAUUCUGGAAUUGCACUUUCGCCUGAGUCAUCUUUCUGCAUCAUUCGAACCGAGUCAAAUCGUAGAAGUGGCUAGUAUUUUGUUCAACAAGUCGGCCGAUCGCCCCAUCACCGACCAUUUCAACAGUUACCAUUGGCACUGCUUCCGGUCGACGUUCCUUGAAAAAUGGAGUAACUAUUUCUUCUUGCGUUGGAGUAAAUGCAAUGAACAGACAGAACAUCUUCGUAACGUGAUCGCCGAGAGAAAUCCCGAGGACGACGAUCGGAGUUUGAACUCUUUGGAGUUGGCUCUUGAACGAUAUUUGCUUUUCACAGCUGGUCUGCCACCGCUCGAAGCCGUCCAAAAAUGGCUUCAACUCCCGAAACAGUCUAAACCCCAAGAUCGCUUCGAAUUCAUUGCAAACGAUCUCAAGCAAGCGGUCAAAGCGAUAGCAUCGACAAUUACUCCAAUAAUAAACCAACUCUAUUCAAAUGAAUUAUUGUGCAUGACAAAGAAAGGAAAAUAUGUCGGCGAAGACAUCGUCGCCUUGACGGAUGUUUUGUUUGAAAUAAUUUCGGUAGCGACAGUUCCAUUUUUCGAUGACGCGGAAUCAGUUCGAUCGCUACUCGUCGUGAUCGAGGUAGCUCAAUUGAUGAUGGAAUUGAUUACUGACGACGCCAAAAAUACCAGCAGUCAGCUGAUAUCGUCAGCUAAGCUUGGAGAAUGGAAGAAGAAAUUGGUUCAAUGGAAAGUCCUAGAUAGCGAAGCGCAAUCUAUGGUACACUUUGCUGUCAAAGAAUUAGUCAAAACCGCCGAAUCAAAGUCGUCAAGUGAGGACGACUGCAGCAGAGAAAUCUACGAUCGGAUGGCCGUCCGUCGUCGAAACAUGUUACACGCGUUCAAUCAAGCGCUUUCCUGGUUGGAGAUGUUUGUUGGUUAUUUGGCCAAUUCUAGGUUCGGUAUCGACACGCUCACGGUUAUCAAAGCGACUAUUGCAUCUAGCCAAUUUCUCAGUUGCAAUGGAUUGAAAAACGAAAAAACAUCUCUACUCCGAGCAGCAAUCGACAUUUUCGUGGCGUGUACUUCAAUCCCAAAUAAUCUGUCCGAAAUCAGUUGGAGCUCCUUUUUUGACGCCAUUUUAAACCUUAACAUCAGUGAGAAGCCAAUAGGGUUGAUUACGACACUGGCGAAUUUCGUCGGCGGACAGCUGAGCAGCGACCGAAAACGAGCAACUUGGUUUAUGGCUAGACGUUGGGUCCUUUUACUUGAUGAUUUGAUUAAUCACACGAGAAGGAUUCAUGAUACAUCUCCUACUGCAGCAGAUGGACAAAAUAUAAACCACUGGAAAGAAAUGAUGGGAAUCCAGCAAGUGUUGGUCGAUUAUUGCAGCGCCUGCUACGUGACCAAGUUGUUGGCCGAUUCUAAAAAAUGUCCAAACAAGAAGGUGGACUUGAACCUUGUUUGCUUCACAUUUAAAAACUUCGUUGACCGCUGGACUAAUAUCGUCCGAUUUGUGCGACCAAAUAACAAAACUGCCAGCAGUCGAGUGGAGAGCGAAACCGAAUUUAUGAUAGAUCAACUGGAAACUCGGCAACUUGUACUCAUGGGAUUGAUUCAACUAGGCCAAUCAGAUUCCUUCUAUUGGGAUGAAAAAACUGCUAACCAUGUUCUAAAUGGUUUCUUGAUUCCAGGUAAUUUCAAAGCAAAAUUUUAA